AUGUAUGUGUUUUAUAGUUUUUAAAUGGCAUUACUCGAUGAUAAGUUAAAUGUUUCCCAGAUUACUCUUUCUGGAUAUGUGGAAAUUAACAAAUACAGAUAUUUAUAUUUUUUUGUUUUUUUUAUUCUGUUUAUCUUAAUAAUAUUCAGCAACUGUAUUAUUGUGUACCUUAUCUGGAUUCACAAAAACCUUCAUGAGCCGAUGUACAUCUUUAUUGCAGCUUUGCUUGUUAACUCAUUUCUUUACAGCAUCACUGUUUACCCGAAAAUCUUGAUUGACGUUUUAUCAGAAAAACAGAUCAUAUCUUAUUCAGCCUGUCUUUUUCAGUUUUUCAUGUUUUACUCUAUAGGUAGUUCUGAAUUCAUACUCUUAGGAGCCAUGGCUUAUGACAGAUAUGUGUCUAUAUGUAAACCUCUGAGAUAUACAACGAUCAUGGGGAAAGCUACUGUAAAUAUUUUCCUGGUUCUAUCUUGGACUCUGCCUGCUAGUCAUAUUGCUGUUCAGGCAAUACUGAGUGCUAAAGCUAAAAUAUGUAACAUGGAAUUAAGAGGAAUAUUCUGUAACAAUACAAUGUAUACCCUUCAGUGUGUAAGCUCAAAAGCAAUCACUCUAUUUGGUUUACUUGCUUUAUUCGAUCUGAUAAUACUUCCUAUGCUCUUCACAAUUUUUACAUAUGUAAAGAUAUUUAUAAUAACCUACAGAAGUUGUAAACAGGUCAGGAGAAAGGCAGCUGAGACCUGCUUACCCCAUCUGUUGGUUUUAUUAAGCAUCACCUGGUUUACUGCAUAUGAUGUAAUUAUGGCAAGAGUGAAAUCAGAUUUAUCAAAAACUGCACGUUUAAUAUUGACGUUACAAAUAGUUCUGUAUCAUCCUUUGUUUAACCCAGUCAUCUAUGGAUUUAAAAUGAAAGAAAUUUCUAAACAUCUAAAGAAGCUGUUCUGCUCAAACAAACUUUAA